GGAGAACAAAAAAGCGCGCUUUUUAUUCACAGACAUGUCUAGUUAAAUUUCAAAAUCGCGGUUAAAAAAAAAACUUUAACUGAGCUUGGUUUUUUGUUGCGUUUUGUAAAUGUGAAUGAUUUGAAAGAAUUUGCAAAUAAAAAUAUUAUGUGUUGUCCGUUUUCAUUCUCUGCAUCUUGUGGUGAAGAAGCAAAUACAUUUACGUUUUCGAAGGUAAUACUUUCUCCAGAGGAAACGAAUACUUAUCAAGUUCCUUGGGAGACCCAACAAAAGUCUAUAUCAAAACAGCAAGGCAAGCGGCUAUGUUUGUGUUGGUGUUGUCUUUGCACUUGCUUAUGCAAGCCAGUAUCGAACAGGCGAAAUCGCCGAGUCUCUAAUAAUAAAAUGGAGCGGCGAGCGGUUUGCUACAAAAAACUGAUUAGCUCGUUAAGACCAAACAUCGAAAAAGUACAAUUGUGGUCGAAAGACUUCGAAGCGUUAUUAGCAGAUGAAGAUGGACGUCUUCUAUUUGAGAUGUUCUUAAGACAAGAACAUAGCGACGAAAAUUUGCAGUUUUGGAUCGAGGUAGAUCGAUUAAAAACACUUAUAAAACCACAAGACAAAAAAGCGCGAAUGAUGCAUAUAUAUUUUGAAUUUGUGCGUCCACUUGCAGAACGCGAGAUAAACUUAUCUUCGACUAUUCGUAAAAAGAUAGAAGACGAAUUGUCGGAUAAUCCUUCUGAUACAGUAUUUGAUGUUGCACAAAAUCAGGUCAGUUUACUCAUGUUUCGACAGAGCUAUCCUCGAUUUUUAGUGUCCGAUCUGUUUAACGCCGUAGUUCAAAGUGCCCACACUGCUAAUGUUGGAAAAGUUAGCUAAUAUUAUAAUAUAAAUUUCGGUUUCAACUUGAUGCAAGUUUGCAUGUUUAGCGAAGUCGCUCUACGAUAAUUCCGGUUCAGUUUAGUGAUAGCCAAUCAAGAAAUACCAAUGUUAGAAUUUUUUAUGGCUGAAAUAUCCGUGAUAUACGUUAAAUCAAUAUAUAUUUUUAAAACUAAAACUUUUACUCUCUUUUUUUAGGAGUAAAACUGACAAUGUGUUA